GUCCUCCGAGCUCCAGGCUUCUCCCUGAGAAAUGGGUUGGGCUCGUGCAGGGGUAGGGGUAGGAUUCAGUUCUCCCGGGGUGACCAGGCUGGGGCAUGGGUUCCGCUGGGGAGGAAGGAGUCCUUAUGGACUCAGCCCCCUAAGCAUGUGCACGCGCGGAGGCGCCGCCAGCCAGCCCGCCUGAGUCCCUGGGGGACAUUGAGGCAGCAGGGGUGCUCUGAGAGCAGUCAGUGUGCUGAAAAUAAUUAAUGAUAGCGUCACCAUUGAUUCGACUGAGCGCUCACUGUGUGUUCCACCCUGUGGUAGAUCCUUUGUUCGUAUUUAUUCAGUCCUCUCAGCAACCCAAGAGGUAAGAGCUAUCAUUAUGCCCAUUUUCCAGAUGGGAAAACCAAGGCAUUAGAAGUUAGCUAGCUUGUGUUAGUAAAAAAAUCACAGAUGGUAAGCAGUGGAAGAUUUAAGCCUCAGAGCUGGUCUCCCAGCCUCUGCCUUUUUCAGAUCCUCCAGUCUGCUUCCCUCAGCGCCUACUGGCUGGUACCUCUGGGGUAUUGCUUUUUUUACUCCUUGACCUUGAGCGAACUGUGGGGAGGAAGUGCAAAACGUGGACUUCCUGUUGGCACAAGUUGGUCUCUUUUUCCUCCCCUCAUCCCCUCUUCGUUUUCGCAGGCAGCAGCGGCUCCACUGUUGUAUAGACAUUCUGCACCCGGAACUGAUAGCUGAGUCCUGAGGUUUUAUGAUACAGAAGAACUUUCAUCCCAGCACAUGAUUUUGGAAUUACAGUUUGUGACAUGGAUGAAUCUGCACUGACCCUUGGUACAAUAGAUGUUUCUUAUCUGCCAAAUUCAUCAGAAUACAGUGUUGGUCGAUGCAAGCACACAAGUGAGGAAUGGGGUGAGUGUGGUUUUAGACCUACCGUCUUCAGAUCUGCAACUUUAAAAUGGAAAGAAAGCCUAAUGAGUCGGAAAAGGCCAUUUGUUGGAAGAUGUUGUUACUCCUGCACUCCCCAGAGCUGGGACAAAUUUUUCAACCCCAGUAUCCCGUCUUUGGGUUUGCGGAAUGUUAUUUAUAUCAAUGAAACUCACACAAGACACCGGGGAUGGCUUGCAAGAUGCCUUUCUUAUGUUCUUUUUAUUCAAGAGCGAGAUGUGCAUAAGGGCAUGUUUGCCACCAACGUGACUGAAAAUGUGCUGAACAGCAGUAGAGUACAAGAGGCAAUUGCAGAAGUGGCUGCUGAAUUAAACCCUGAUGGUUCUGUCCAGCAACAAUCAAAAGCCCUUAACAAAGUGAAAAAGAAGGCAAGAAGGAUUCUUCAAGAAAUGGUGGCCACUGUCUCACCAACAAUGAUCAGACUGACUGGGUGGGUGCUGUUAAAACUGUUCAACAGCUUCUUUUGGAACAUUCAGAUUCACAAAGGUCAACUUGAGAUGGUCAAAGCUGCAACUGAGACGAAUUUGCCGCUUAUAUUUCUACCAGUUCAUAGAUCCCAUAUUGACUAUCUGCUGCUCACUUUCAUUCUCUUCUGCCAUAACAUCAAAGCACCAUACAUUGCUUCAGGCAAUAAUCUCAACAUCCCAAUCUUCAGUACCUUGAUCCAUAAGCUUGGGGGCUUCUUCAUACGACGAAGGCUCGAUGAAACACCAGAUGGGCGGAAAGAUGUUCUCUAUAGAGCUUUGCUCCAUGGGCAUAUCGUUGAAUUACUUCGACAGCAGCAGUUCUUGGAGAUAUUCCUGGAAGGCACACGUUCUAGGAGUGGAAAAACCUCCUGUGCUCGGGCAGGACUUUUGUCAGUUGUGGUAGAUACUCUGUCUACCAAUGUCAUCCCAGACCUCUUGGUAAUACCUGUUGGAAUCUCCUAUGAUCGUAUUAUUGAAGGUCACUACAAUGGUGAACAACUGGGCAAACCUAAGAAGAAUGAGAGCCUGUGGAGUGUAGCAAGAGGUGUUAUUAGAAUGUUACGAAAAAACUAUGGUUGUGUCCGAGUGGACUUUGCACAGCCAUUUUCCUUAAAGGAAUAUUUAGAAAGCCAAAGUCAGAAACCUGCAUCUGCUCCACUUUCUCUGGAGCAAGCAUUGUUACCAGCUAUACUUCCUUCAAGACCCAGUGAUGCUGCUGAUGAAGGUAGAGACACGCCCAUUAAUGAGUCCAGAAAUGCAACAGAUGAAUCCCUACGAAGGAGGUUGAUUGCAAAUCUGGCUGAGCAUAUUCUAUUCACUGCUAGCAAGUCCUGUGCCAUUAUGUCCACACACAUUGUGGCUUGCCUGCUCCUCUACAGACACAGGCAGGGAAUCGAUCUCUCCACGUUGGUGGAAGACUUCUUUGUGAUGAAAGAGGAAGUCCUGGCUCGUGAUUUUGACCUGGGGUUCUCAGGAAAUUCAGAAGAUGUAGUAAUGCAUGCCAUACAGCUGCUGGGAAAUUGUGUCACAAUCACCCACACUAGCAGGAAUGAUGAGUUUUUUAUCACCCCCAGCACAACUGUCCCAUCAGUCUUUGAACUCAACUUCUACAGCAAUGGGGUACUUCAUGUCUUUAUCAUGGAGGCCAUCAUAGCUUGCAGCCUUUAUGCAGUUCAGAACAAGAGGGGAUUGGGGGGGCCCGCCGGCACCCCACCUAACCUGAUCAGCCAGGAGCAGCUGGUUCGGAAGGCGGCCAGCCUGUGCUACCUUCUCUCCAAUGAAGGCACUAUCUCGCUGCCUUGCCAGACAUUUUACCAAGUUUGCCAUGAAACAGUAGGAAAGUUUAUCCAGUAUGGCAUUCUUACAGUGGCGGAGCAAGAUGACCAGGAAGAUAUCAGUCCUAGUCUUGCUGAGCAACAGUGGGACAAGAAGCUUCCCGAACCUUUGUCUUGGAGAAGUGACGAAGAAGAUGAAGACAGUGACUUUGGGGAGGAACAGCGAGAUUGCUACCUGAAGGUGAGCCAAUCCAAGGAGCACCAGCAGUUUAUCACCUUCUUACAGAGGCUCCUUGGGCCUUUGCUGGAGGCCUACAGCUCUGCUGCCAUCUUUGUUCACAACUUCAGCGGUCCUGUUCCGGAACCUGAAUAUCUGCAAAAGUUGCACAAAUACCUAAUAACCAGAACAGAAAGAAAUGUUGCAGUAUAUGCUGAGAGUGCCACAUAUUGUCUGGUGAAGAAUGCUGUGAAAAUAUUUAAGGAUAUUGGGGUUUUCAAGGAGACCAAACAAAAGAGAGUGUCUGUUUUAGAACUGAGCAGCACUUUUCUACCUCAAUGCAACCGGCAAAAACUUCUAGAAUAUAUUCUGAGUUUUGUGGUGCUGUAGGUAACAUGUGGCACUGCUGGCAAGUGAAGGUCAUAAGAUGAGUCCCUUGUAGGUACCAGCUUCUGGCUUGAGAGUUGAAGGUGCCGUCACAAGGUCAGGCCUGCCCUGUCCCGAAGUGACCUCCUGGAAGACAAGUGCCUUCUCCCUCCAUGGUUCUGUGAUCUUCCCAGCUCUACGUCGACACAGAAGCCUAGAGAUAACACCUGGAGGGACCUCAGCCUCUAUUCACAACUCAUAAUCAGUAGACUACAAGAUGAAAUCUCAAUAAAUUAUUUUGGAGUUUAUUAAAGACUUACAUUUUAAGUCCAGCUUUUAAGGACUAAUUACUGUGAUGGACACAGACAUGUAGCUGUGUUCUAGAACUGAAUCUUGUAUGGUAUACUUAAUGCUGUCGGGUAAUUUGUUGGUAUAUUUUCUGGCUAAUGGUGAAUGCUCUCUUUAAAAAUAAUUUAGUCAUCCAUUCACUCUUUCUCAGUUUUGUCUUUGUCAAUAGUAGCUACGUUUUUAAUGGGAGCACCUUUUAUCCUAAAGUGCUUUAUAAAUGAAUGGACUGAUACAUAUCAUACCCAGGUAUCACUGUGUUGUCCUUUGCGGUCAGAUUUAGAAAAUGUUUUUAAGAGCUAUGUGAAAACAGACCAUAUUAGUUUAGGUCAGGAACUGAGAUAUUGUAAUCAAAUAGCUGACAUGAGGAAGUUAAUUUAGCUGGCAAAAUUCUAGGUAAACUUGGCCAGAAAAACUGGUGUUGAAAGCUUUUGCUCCUAUAAAAAAGUGCCAUUGAGUUUUAAAUGACCAGCAAGUAUUUAGAACCCUUCUGUUUUAUGUCUGUACCCCGUCCCAGCCCUCAGGUAACACCUGCCUCUCACAGGUACAGCUGUUUCUUGGAAGUCCACCAACCAAAUAGCAACUUUCCUAACUUGAUUAGCUUGAGCUGACAGACUCUGUUAGAAUACAGUGCUCUGGCUACAGACCACUGAUGAGGGCUUCUGUGCUGCACACAGAUUGUGCACUGCACCCCAGUCCAGGUGACUAGUGCCCACCCCAGUUGUGCAGGGCACCACCUGUCCAGUUUAUGUAUGUGGUGGCCCUACUGACUGGUAAUGGUUAGAGGCAUUUAUGGAUUUUUAGCUUUGAGGAAAAACCAUGGCUUUUAACAAAUUUUUAUGGGUUAUAUGCCUAAACCCUUGUGCCACAUAGUGGUAAAUAAUUAUAAAAAAUGAUCUGUUCAUAAUAGGUAGGUGCCUUUUGUGAGCAGGGAGCAUAAUUAUUAGUUUAUUAUGGUAAUUAUGGUGAUUUCUUAAAGAUCAUGCAAUGUUAAAAUAUUUUCUAACAGUUUACUGUUGCUUAUCUUUAAGAUAUUAUGGAAUUAAGAAUUUUUUUAGAUGAGUGUUACACAGAUUCUUUGAAUUUAGUAUAAAAGUACUGAGAAUUAAGUUUGUAACCUCCGUAAGCUUGGAUUUUAAACACUAAUAGUAUCUCAUAAAUAACGUGUAUUUUGGGAGAGGGAUGGAUGCUGAUUGAUAUUUCACAUUGUAUGAAAUAUCAUGUUUGAAAUUCAUAGCAAUAAUGCUAUGCUGCUGUGAUCCCUCUCAAGUUCUGCAUUUAAAAUAUAUUUUUUCUUUAUAGGAAUUCAUGUACCAUUAAGUCAUUGUCAGUUGUAGUAGCUUUGAUGUUAAAUAAGAUAUCACAUUUUAGCAUUCCAUUUUACUGAGUAGGGUAGAAGAACACGUCUUUUUCUUGGCUACUUUGGAGGAAUCUCAGGGAGUCUUGUGUAUUCCCUUGGGUGUUCCCCUUAUCAGGGGAAAUCAAACAUUUCACUGGUCUCUUUUUUUCAUCCUUUAAAUUGUAGAUUAAGGAUUACUCAAGCUCACCAUUAGUCAAGGUUGGGACUCAGUUCCCAGUGGACACUCUGCCCUGCCUGUCACUGCUACAAAGAGCUGCUGCUUUGCCAGCCUGAGCAGAGAAAAUAUGGCUUCUCUUGCGUUAUUUUCCCUUUUGGUUGGUUUUGUUUUCUAGAAGUUCGAUCAGAUGCUUUGGGGAAUGCAAUGUAUGAGUUGCUAGCUCUCACCACUUAACUCACUGUGAGGAUAAAUAUGCAUGCUUUUUGUAAUUAACUGGUGCUUUGAAAAUCUUUUUUAAGGGAGAAAAAUCUCAACCAAAGUUAGGCUCAUCCAGACAAGCUGACCUUUGAGUUAAUUUCAGCACAACUCAUUCUUCAGUGCCUCAUGACUGAAAAAAAAAAAAAAAAAAAAAAAAAGCUAGAAAAGCAUCUUCACAAUAAAGCUUCCAGAAUGCACCAUUUUGCUAAAAGAUACAUUCUCAUUGUUUUCCAACAGCAAUGGCUUCCACAUAAGGUUAAACAAACUAGGUGCUUGUAAAUAAUUUAUUACAGUUUACUUUAUUGCAUUUCUAUAACAUGAAAUGCAUGCCCUUCAGGGGAAGACUGUGAGUCAAGUUAAAAACACACACACACACACACACACACACACACAAUAUUAAGCAAUAUGAAACUACUCUGUUUUUAAAAAUGAGAAUGUCCUAAGUGAUUCAGAAGAGAGGAAGGAAUUUUUGCACUCUUAAAAUUACAUGAAAAACAAAGGCAAAAACCAGUGUGAAGUAUGUAGAACUGCUAACUGAGAAGGCAUCAAGCCUUCCUUCUGAGAUCUGUUAAUUCUCACAAAGUCAUGAGGGUAAGUGGAGAAAAUAUUUCUGGGAUUACAAUGAAUGUAAGCUCAGAUUGUGGAAUUUUCAGUAACCUGGAUGGGGAAAAGCAUCUCCCAUAGUGCUCCAUGUAAUGUGAGUGUUCUGUGAGAUGUUCAUCAGUGUGUUACAGAAAUGGUGUUGCUGGGAAACUAAGUUUGCACAUGGAAACUUACAAUGCACUUUAGCACAGUAAGGGCUUGACAUCCAGCAGUGAAAACUGUUUAACUCAGCAUUGCCCAAACUGUUUUGACACCAGGACAUUUUUCUCCUUUGGGAUACCUAUGAACCUCUCAUUAAUGUCCUGUGGAGAACAUUUUGGGAAACACUAUGUUAGAUAGUUCUUUAAGGAGACAACACGGUAAUGAACAGAUGGCACUGGGGCAGAAUUUGCAUGCAUUUUGUAACAUCCAGUGUUGCAUUGAAUAGGUAUGUAUUUCCUCCCUAGAGAAAAUAAGCACAGAAAAUUAUAACGUAGGUGAUUGGAGUUCUUUCCUUUGAUAGAACAGCCCCAGCGAUCCUGGCCUUUUCACUGAAAGUAUCAGAAUACAUGGAUGAAUUGGGGUAAAUAAGGUUUUAAUUCAGAUCUAGAAGAAAGUAUUGUACAAUGGAAUGCAGAUUUUUAUCGACAGGUAGUUGUAGUGUUUAGACAUGACAGGACCUAUUGUUGAGGUUUAUAAGACUUACUAUGGGCUGUAAACCCGUUUUUUAAAACUUCUUAGAAACUUGAGACUUGCCAUCUGGCAUUUUAGUUUAAUACAAACUAAUGAUUGCAUUUGAAAGAGAUUCUUGACCUUAUUUUUAAACAUCUAAGGCUCUGAAAUGUUUUGAUGGAAGGUAUUAAACUAUUUGCCUGUGUACAAAGAAAUGUUAAGAUUGUUGUAAAAAGAAUUACUGUAAGGUACUGUGAAAUACUGCGUGAUUUUGUGAGUGAAACAUACUUGGAAAUGCAGAUUGAUUUUUAUGCUUGUUAAUGUAUUGCAAGAAACACACAAAAUGUAGAUUUGUUUUAAUAAACCAAAAAAUUAACAUAU